AGAAGGGGAGGAGAGGGGAGAGGAGAGGGGAGGAGGGAGAGAGAAGGGGAGAGGAGAGCAGAGAAAGAGAGAGGAGAGAAAGGGCAACCCCUUUCCAGCAUCGCCCCAUAUGUGCCCGGAGUGUGUGUGUAGCACCUGGGUACAUGCACUCCCUCCCCUUCCCUCCCCGCCGGGCUGCAGGCAGUGCAAGUGAGUAAGGGUUAUUCAUUCAUACCGUACGGACGGACGCCAAGGCAUGGAGGGGAAACUGGAGGACCUGCCGGAGAAAGAUGCCUCUGAGAGUUCGUCCGAUACUCUGUCGGAGGGCGGGCAAGAAGACCUCGGCGCCGGGGAAGAAGACAGCGAGUGCUCGCAGAGGGGCAAAGGGAAUGGCCCAGAGGGGAACAGCAGCGACGAGGAAACGCUGGACAGGGACGAGGAAAGUGAACGAUUUGACCACAUCUUGCACCCGCUGUCCUUCCCGUUUCGCAAGUCCAGCCAUCCUGACCUUGCCUGUGGCAUUGGCAAAGCCCUGAAGUUUAACAGGCAGCUGAGUGAAGAUGCCAAGUUCUUGAGACGAGGCAGCCUCGGGGGAGCUCUGACCGGAAAAUACCUUCUUCCCCCAGCAUCGGCACAGCUGUUGUGGCAGCAGACAAUGGAGACGACCAACCUGGUCCGUAUGCGCAGUCAGACACUUGGUCAGUCAGCUCCCUCCCUCACCGCCUGCCUGAAAGAAUUGAGCCUUCCACGCAGAGGAAGUCUUUGCCGCACCAACAACAGGAAAAGUCUGAUCGGAAGCAGUCAGUCGACCGCCCUUCCGUGUCCUCACUCACCUCUCCCUGCUCAUUCAGGAAACAGCCCGCAAGACAGCCCAAGAAACUUCUCUCCCAGUGCCUCUGCUCACUUCUCAUUCACUCGAAGCCACGGCCACAGAGCGGACAGGAGCGAUGGACGUCGAUGGUCCUUGGCUUCCCUUCCAUCAUCCGGCUAUGGGACGAACACUCCGAGCUCCACUGUGUCCUCACUGUGCUCGUCGCAGGAAAAGCUGCACCAGUUGCCGUACCAGCCCACCCCCGACGAGCUGCACUUCCUUUCCAAGCACUUCUGCAGCACUGAUGCCAUCUCCAACGAGGAGAGACGUCGGCCCAUUUCGAUGCGACCACGUUCCAGGAGUCUUAGCCCUGGACGAUCUCCAGCCUGCUUUGAUAAUGAAAUUAUCAUGAUGAACCAUGUCUACAAAGAGCGGUUUCCAAAGGCCACAGCCCAGAUGGAAGAAAGGCUUCAGGAUAUUAUCACCAGCUACUCUCCUGACAAUGUUCUUCCACUGGCAGAUGGAGUCCUCAGCUUUGCUCAUCAUCAGAUCAUCGAGUUGGCACGAGACUGCCUGGAUAAAUCCCGCCUGGGCCACAUCACCUCAAGAUACUUCUUUGAGUUGCAGGAGAAAUUAGAAAAGUUGUUGCAGGAAGCUCACAAACGUUCUGAAAGUAAUGAAUUAACGGUCAUUGAUCAGCUGGUCAGGAAAUUAUUGAUCAUCAUUGCCCGCCCGGCGCGAUUGCUGGAAUGUCUUGAAUUUGAUCCGGAAGAGUUCUAUCAUUUGUUGGAAGCAGCAGAAGGACAUGCUAAAGAAGGGCAAGGCAUUAAAUCGGAUAUUCCCCGCUACAUCAUCAGUCAACUGGGCCUCACAAGAGAUCCCUUGGAGGCAGCAGAGUGA